AUGAAGGCUUUCCUGACUGCAGUUCUGUGUCUGUGCACCCUGGCAGCCUUCUCUGACUGUGUCACAGUCCAGGUGGGAGAGUUCUCAUUCCCCCUGGAGUCUGUGAAGAAGCUGAAAGACCUCAUAGACAGUUCCGUGACCAGGAAACCUCAUGUGCUCAGCAUCAGAUCCGCCCCUUUGUGUGCCAACCCUGACAUUCCCAAGGAGUUCCUGAACCUCUGUGCCACACCAGACGCUGACCAGAUAUUUGAGGAUCUAAAACCCAUCGCGAGAUCCCCCGAGCUUUGUGAGAUUUGUGCUUUUGCUGCAUGUGCCGGCUGUUGA